UUUAGGCGGCAGAGACAGCUAGUGGGUCCCAGGCGGAAGUGCUCCUCCGGACCAUUCACCUAAAGGUCUGCUGAGCAGCUCGCGGAGAAUCUGGUUUUGUAAGGACCGGCAGCUGGGGUCGCGAGCUGAGUGGUGGGGAGUUUUGGGGGAUGAGUGAAGGGAGGUUUGUGAGUGGCAUUGAUGUGAUAGACUGGGAGGUGGAAUGGUGGGGGCUUGAGAGAGCAGUGAAUUGUGGUCUGCAGAGUUAUUAGUGGGCAAAGUUAUGAGGCUAGUUAGGAUUAAGUGAGUCUUAUUAAACUUUGGCUUUUACACAUUUUCCAGCACAGUGAUCUUCCCUCUUUAGACGCGCCCCCCAGGUCUCCAUCUGCCAGCGUACUCCUCGCCGGGGAAGGGUGCUGGAUUGAAUCAGCAUCUAAAGCCUUCUUUGCACAGAGUUAGAAGGCCCCAGCGAGGAACUAGUGACAUUUGAAGAUGUAGCUGUGGAUUUCACCCAGGAGGAGUGGCAAUAUCUGAACCCUCCACAGAGGACCCUGUACAGAGAUGUGAUGCUUGAGACCUAUAGCAACCUUGUUUCUGUGGGUACGGUGGCUUCCACAGGCUCUGAAGACCAAGGAGGUAGCUAUCAGUUAUCAUCUUCAGAACCGCAGGUUACUAAGCCAGAUCUCAUUAUCAAGCUGGAGGUUGAAGAGCCAGACCCAGAAGAUGGGGACAUUCCAGUUUGGAGCUUUCCAGAACUCUGCCAAGUAAAUGAGCAAUUUGAGAGGCAGCAUCAGGAUAACCAAGAUAAGUAUCUAUUGAUGCAAGUUGGAUUCUCUGAUGACAAAAUAAUUACCAAGCGUGGCCAGAACUAUACUGAAUUUGGAAACACAUUCCAUCUGAGCACAAACAUUGUUGUUCCUCAUAAAUUUGAAUCCUUUGGAAAUAAUAUGGUAGACAAUCUAAAUUUACUUAGUAGAAGCUCUACAGAAAAUAAACAUGAUACUGGGUGUGCAAAAUUAUUCUUCCAUGCAGAAUAUGAAAAACCUAAUUUCAUAGUCAAACCCUAUGGAUAUAAAGAAUAUGAGAAAACCCUUAGGCUAAAGAAAGGCCUUAGCCUUCAUCAGAGAAUUAAAAAUGGAGAGAAGCCUUUCGAAUGUGCUGCAUGUCAGAAAACAUUCAGCAAAAAGUCACACCUCGUGGUACAUUGGAGAACUCAUACAGGAGAGAAACCAUUUGAAUGUACUGAAUGUGGGAAAGCCUUUAGCCAAAAGUCUCAGCUCAUUAUCCACCUCCGAACGCAUACAGGAGAAAGACCCUUUGCAUGUCCAGAAUGUGGCAAAGCCUUCAGAGAGAAGUCAACUGUCAUCAUACAUUAUAGAACUCAUACAGGAGAGAAGCCUUAUGAAUGUAACGAAUGUGGGAAAGCCUUUACUCAGAAAUCAAACCUCAUUGUCCAUCAAAAAACCCACACAGGAGAGAAAACCUAUGAGUGUACCAAGUGUGGGGAAUCUUUCAUACAGAAACUUGACUUAAUUAUACACCAUAGUACUCACACAGGAAAAAAGCCUCAUGAAUGUAAUGAGUGUAAGAAAACGUUCAGUGAUAAGUCAACCCUUGUUAUACAUCAGAGAACGCACACUGGAGAGAAACCUCAUAAGUGUACUGAAUGUGGGAAGUCUUUCAAUGAGAGGUCAACCCUCAUUGUGCACCAAAGAACUCACACUGGUGAGAAGCCCUAUGAAUGUGAUGUGUGUGGGAAAACUUUCACCCAAAAGUCAAAUCUGGGUGUGCAUCAAAGAACUCAUUCAGGAGAGAAACCAUUUGAGUGUAAUGAAUGUGAGAAAGCCUUCUCUCAGAAAUCCUACCUUAUGCUACAUCAGCGAGGCCACACUGGAGAGAAGCCCUAUGAGUGCAAUGAAUGUGAAAAGGCAUUUUCGCAGAAGUCCUAUCUCAUUAUACAUCAAAGAACUCAUACAGAAGAAAAACCCUACAAAUGUAAUGAGUGUGGAAAGGCCUUUCGAGAAAAGUCAAAGCUCAUUAUCCAUCAGAGGAUCCACACAGGAGAGAAACCCUAUGAAUGCCUUGUGUGCUGGAAAGCUUUCAGCCAGAAGUCACAGCUCAUCAUCCAUCAGAGAACACACACAGGAGAAAAACCCUAUGAAUGCACAGAAUGUGGCAAAGCAUUCCGGGAAAAAUCCACAUUCACUGUACAUCAGAGAACUCACACUGGAGAGAAGCCCUACAAGUGCACAGAAUGUGGGAAAGCUUUUACCCAGAAAUCCAACCUUAUUGUACAUCAGAGGACCCAUACAGGAAAGAAAGUGCAUGGAAGAGGCCACGCCCACAAGUCAAAGCUCACUACACAGUAGUUAGAAAGCAAUGGUGUCUUUCAUAUACCCCAAAGGAAAGAUCUAUUAAUUUAAUGUUGGAAAAUAAUUACCUGAAUUCUAGCCUAAUCACUGGGGUAAAGUCAGCAUUUCCUUUUAUCUUUUUCACCCUAAUGCAAGUGGAAAAAGAAGCAGAUACAUAAUUUCUUUGGAAACCACUAUAGUCAUAGGGCUGCCAGACUAAGAAACAAUCGGGUAUCAGUAUAUGAGAUUUAUGGACUUCAGAAGCAAGGCAGCAUAGAUAAAGACUCUGCUGAGGGUGGAGUUACACUUGACAGCCCAUGACCACAGAUAGCUAUGACUAAGCCCGUGUGAGGCUUGAGGAGAAACAGGCAGGCAACCCUUGUAUUUGUAGUAAGUAAUCUGACAUAUUUGAAGAACAGCUGGAG